AUGCGCGGGCCAUCAGCGGAGCCGCUGCCCAAUGGAAAACGCGCUGGGCGGGGGAGGGCAUGGGCGGGGUCCGCCUCAGAGCGCGAAACAUGGCGGGUCAGGGUGCUGUCGUCGGUGGCCGUUCUGGUGACGACUACUACGAAGACGAGGGUGAAGACAGCUUGUUCAAGGAGGCCGUGGAAGUGUUCGGCGAAGCUGAAGGACCUUAACUGUCCCUUCCUUGAGGGUCUGUAUAUCACUGAACCAAGGACGAUUCAUGAACUGCUGUGUCAGCCCUCCAAGUACCGGUUGGAGAUACUAGAGUGGAUGUGUAUACGAGCCUGUCCCUCCUUGAAGGACAAGUUCAGCUCACUGAAGGGGGCCCCAGCAGAGGUGAAGAUACAAG